AAGUUGAAAACUGAAUCUAAAGCCCCUCACAAGGAAUCCGAGGCGCUAAAAGCUGCCAAGGAGGUUACCAAAGUCAGUAAGGACGUAGCCGACGCGGCGUCGGUAGCAGGCGGUUCUGGAGCCCGGGCAUCAGACAUCCGAAACAAGUUCGAAAAAGGUGACAGCUUCCAAGAUGCCGACAAGAACAAGGAAGUGAAGAAACGCAAGACGAAGUUGAAGUAUGCGGGAGUGGGUAGUGUGAAAGAGAAAUUCAUUAAGGAGGCGGAAAAGGCUGUGAACGGCACACCGUCGGAUAAACAACCACGGAAGAUGAAGGAGAUUACACCACCGAGGGAGGGUGUAGCGACAGGCGUUCUGGAAUCUCAACCUGCAGCUAGGCCGGAGGGUGUUGUAGCUGCGAGUGUAGGUGAACAGACGGAUUAUAUUGGGAUUGGAAAGAAAACCAAGGACGUCGACGAAGAAAAUGGCGAAGUGGAAGGGAAGAAGGCAGCAGGUGCCGCCGAAUCCGAUGAAUUGAGACAAGUCGCCACAGAGGCAACUCGAUCAGCCAAAGCCCGAUGGAAGGAUAUUGAAUCAGGCAAAGUGGAAACUAAAGUUGAAAAGACUAAAAUCGAAUUGGGCAAUAGUACGCAGGGUGGAAUCUACGAAAAUGAACCAGACAAGCUUCUAGACAUCGCUAGGCAGGAGAAAGACGACGAUGCUCAUUUGGUUAUUACAGCGAGCGCCGCUGAACGCAAAAACGCCUUCCUAAAGAAAGCUGCUGAAGAGAGCAAAGUCAAGCGCCUCGAUCCCAAGGCUGAGCUUCAAGAACUUGCAAGCAAAGAGAAGAACGUCGUCUAUGAAAGCACUCCAGCUGCACGUCCAGACGACGUUGUCGCCGCAGACAAGGCCGCUGUUGACGACUACCUGAAUCUCUCUGGUGCAAAGUCAAUUAGAGAGAAAUUCCUGGAUCCCAGUAAACUCCAGAAUGAAAUCAAGAAAACGACAUUUGAACUACGCGGUGAAGGCGGAGUCUACGAGAAUGAGCCGCAACAGCGCGACGACGUUGUCCGAGGCGGGGAAGCAGAUGAAGCUCCAGCACCCGGAGAUGUGAAAUGGGCCUCAGCAGCAAAGGAGCGUUUCAUGAAAGACGCCGAAGAGAGGGCGAAGGCUAUCAAGAAGACUGAGAAAAUCUCUCUUGUCGAGGGCGCAGUGGGACCGACUGUCUACGAGAGUCAGCCGGCUAACUCCGCUGCCGAUGCCAAAGCAGAUCAAGAGGAAGGUGAACAAUUAGUGGGUGCCUUCACCACCAGUGCUAAGCAGCGGUUCCUGGAGAAACAGAAGGAAGCCGACGAGGCGGCGAAAAAGAAGGCAACUCCUGGCAUUAUUGAUAUCUGGAGUGAAAUGCCAAAGGAGAGUGGCGUGUUCGAGAAUGUUCCAGCCGCGCAUAUGGAGGGAGUAGUGGUCUCUGGAAAGUACUCUGACGAUGAGGAAGAGGAGGAGGACGAGGAGGAGGAAGAAGAGUAA